CGUCCGCUUUUGUCUUCAUGGCGCGUCCUCCGUUGCGAUACACGAUAUCAUAGAAACAGAGACGGGGUUUAAGAGCUGCCGGUCGCCGCCGUUUCAUACAGCCACAUAACCUAUUGACCAAGCUCAUUUUGUGGGGCCCCGCAUAUUAAUCCUUUUUUUUUUUUUUUGAAAAUUUCUAUGUAUCAGGCCAUUGAAUGACCGUUAUAUCGUCAAGGUUUCAGGUUUUUGUAAAAAACGAUACCGUUGCUUGAGAAUUAAGAAGCCGGACUUACACUUACUGAGCAACCAAACAAUAGAAAGAAAGGGUUUAACUGUUUAAGAACUUCCUUCCCUCCCUCCUUGUAGGCGCUGGCUUCAAUGGCGCAAAACAGACCCAAAAUUGCUCCCCAAACCCUAAAACCCAACUUCUGCAAUCAAACUCGCAACAAUAAUAAUUCUUUUGCUAGGAGGGAAAAGAUUAAGAAGCAGAGAGAAUCCCUACCUAUAGCUUCAGUCAAGGAACGGCUUAUUCAAGAGGUCAAGGCUCAUGAUAUUUUGAUUAUUGUUGGUGAAACUGGAAGUGGAAAAACAACUCAAUUACCUCAGUUUCUAUAUCAUGCUGGGUUCUGUCGUGAUGGUAAAGUUAUUGGGGUAACUCAACCUAGGCGUGUUGCCGCUGUCACUGUUGCAAAGCGGGUGGCAGAGGAAUGUGGUGUUGAGUUGGGGCAAAGGGUUGGAUAUUCCAUUAGGUUUGAUGAUAAAACUUCUAAUUCUACCAGGAUCAAGUACAUGACUGAUGGAUUGUUGCUCAGGGAGGCAUUAUUGGAUCCUUACCUGUCUAGAUAUUCCGUAAUCAUAGUUGAUGAAGCUCAUGAGAGAACUGUACAUACUGAUGUAUUGCUGGGCUUGCUAAAAGAUGUACAAAAUGUGAGGUCAAAGUCUGCAAUCAGCCAUGAUAAUAUUGCUGAUAAGAAGGCAAAGAAUGGCUCAUUGAAUGAGAAAGAAAAUGGGACUCAAUCCAUUAGUUUUCUUAAGCAAUGCCCAAACAGUCAAUUCCCUCCAUUGAAGUUAAUCAUUAUGUCUGCCAGCUUGGAUGCACGAGGUUUUUCUGAGUACUUUGGUGGUGCCAAAGCUGUCCAUAUUGAGGGGCGCCAAUAUCAUGUUGAUAUACUGUAUACUGUUAAUCCAGAGACAGAUUAUCUCAAUGCAGCCUUGAUUACUAUAUUCCAGAUUCACUUGGAGGAGGCCCCAGGAGACAUACUUGUAUUUCUGACUGGGCAAGAAGACAUUGAAACUGUUGAAAGAUUUGUGCACGAGCAACUCCUUAAAUUACCUGAAGCCAAUCGAAAGUUGUUAACUGUCCCCAUAUUUUCAUCUCUUCCUUCAGAGCAGCAAAUGCGGGUUUUUAUGCCAGCUCCUCCUGGGCAUCGUAAGGUAAUAUUGGCAACAAAUAUUGCGGAGACAUCAGUGACAAUACCUGGAAUCAAGUAUGUUAUAGACCCUGGAUUUGUAAAAGCACGUUCUUAUGAUCCAGUCAAAGGGAUGGAAUCAUUGGUAGUCAUUCCAACAUCAAAAGCUCAGGCUCUUCAAAGGAGUGGACGUGCAGGGCGUGAAGGACCUGGGAAAUGCUUUCGCCUCUACCCGGAGAGGGAAUUUGAGAAACUUGAGGAUUCAACAAAGCCAGAGAUCAAGAGGUGCAACCUCUCAAAUGUCAUCUUGCAGCUCAAAGCUUUGGGUGUUGAUGAUAUUAUUGGGUUUGAUUUCAUGGAAAAGCCAUCUAGGGCAGCUAUCAUCAAAUCAUUGGAGCACUUGUUUCUGCUUGGUGCUUUGACAGAUGAAUGUAAACUGUCAGAUCCUGUUGGGCAUCAAAUGGCUCGGCUUCCCUUAGAUCCUAUUUAUUCUAAAGCUCUCAUUGUAGCUAGUCAGUUCAAUUGCUUGGAAGAAAUGCUGAUAGCUGUUGCAAUGCUCUCAGUGGAAUCUAUUUUUUAUGCCCCUCGUGAGAAGUCAGAAGAGUGGAAAACUGCAAUCAAGUGCUUUUCAAGUCCAGAUGGAGACCAUCUUACUUUGAUUAAUGUAUAUAGAGCAGUAGAUGAACUUUUGGAAAAGAAAAGGGUGGAGCUCAGUAAUGAAAAAAAUCUCAAAGGAAAAAGUGAAAAAAUUCUAAGAAAAUGGUGCAAGGAAAAUUUCAUUAAUGGUCGUUCAUUGAGGCAUGCUCGUGACAUUCACAGCCAAAUUCGAGGACAUGUUGAACAAAUGGGUCUCCGUAUAUCUUCCUGUGGAGAUGACAUGCUGCAAUUCCGUAGAUGCCUUGCUGCUUCCUUUUUCCUUAAUGCAGCUUUGAAGCAGCCUGAGGGGACAUACAGGGCUUUGUCAAGUGGUCAGACAGUGCAGAUUCACCCUUUUUCAGUGUUAUUCAAGUCAAAGCCAGAGUGUGUAGUUUUCAACGAGCUAGUCCAAACCACUAAUAAAUACAUCCGCAACGUAACUAGAAUUGAUUAUUUAUGGUUAACUGAGCUUGCUCCUCACUUCUAUGCCAAUCAGAGUUAAAAUUUCUGGUACGAUUUCUGACUGCUAAAUAUUGACCUGAUUAUUCUGUUCUAUGGUCUUUGAUGCAAAUGUGGUUCAUGAACACUGUUGCUGUCACUUCUGGGCUGGGCUCAGCAAUUUUACUGAUUGUUAUCCAAAAGUUCUACUUCUAGGACGGGAAAUAACAAAGACUUCACAUCUUCAUUUAAGUUUGCCGUGCAUUCUUCAUUAUUGCUAGAAAUAGAAUUCUCAUCAUAGACAUAGAUGGUUAAAAACGUGACCUGGUUUGUUGAGGAGAGUUGAAGAAUUUUGGAGGAUUCUCAUUCUUAACCCUCAGUCUGGGUGAAGUUGGCACUUUUUGGGUAUUUGCUAUUAGGAGCCUAUUACACAGUUCUCACUAGAAUUGCCUGCUAAUACGAAGAUGCUGUUUGAAUUUCACCUUGCAUAUUUUAGAGGACGAUCACUCAUGGCAGGACUCAUCACAAGCUUUGCCUGGAAUUUUGUCAUGGUGAGGGGAGCCAUUAGCGUACAGGACUGAUUCCCUAUUCACCAUCUGGGUAUAGCAUAUUCUCUCUGUUUUUUUCUCCCUUUGUAUUAUUAUUUAAAAUGUCUUUGCUUUCAGCAGCUCUGCAUUUAUUUUUAGUGGUGAUGCAGUUGUUAUCAAGUUAGUAAAAUAUUUGCCUUUGUGGCUUUGUAUCGGAACUUUGAAUAUGAACUUGUCAUUUUUAAUCUAUAACAAAGUUACUGACCUAGCUUUCCUUUGCAAA